AUGCUCGUAAACAUUUUGUCGGGCUUCGCGGUCAGCUGGCUAGUGACGUUAGUGGGAUGUCAUACGCCGGGAAGCGAACUGGAGUCGACCAGAUAUGGUCCAGCCGACGAGCGCUUCGGCAGUGACACUUACACCGUCGCGAAUAUUAACAUGACAUAUGUGGAUGAGCAUGGGACUACUAUUACUGAUACUUCAGAGGUGAGAGAGAAACAUCUCGUACUGCAAUAUUUCUCCGGAAAAUACGGCGAGGGUAUUAUACGAAAUGCGCGCGGCGUCGCCGUGCAUAUUCGUGCAAAGGGACCGGACGGUGCGCACGACCAUACGGGAUGCACGUGGCCCCUUUUGUCCACGGCGACACCGAUGAAGCCCCUGCCCACUGAGCCCUGGAUUGCCGUCAUCCGCCGAGGCAGCUGCAACUUUGAGAUCAAGGUGCAGAACGCUGUGAAGGCGAAUGCAUCGGCGGUGCUGAUAUACAACGACAGGGACACCCCAAUGCUGGAGAAAAUGAAACUAUCGAGUGACAAUGGACGAAAUAUAAGUGCAGUGUUCACAUACAAAUGGAAAGGGGCAGAAAUCACCCAGAUGGUGGAUAACGGAACCCGAGUUACGAUCGGGAUAUCCAGAGGCCGGACACUCACACACGUCAACAAUAAUAUAAAUAAGACUUCAGUGCUGUUCGUGUCGAUCUCUUUCAUAGUUCUGAUGGUGAUAUCGCUGGCGUGGCUUGUCUUCUACUACAUACAGCGGUUUAGGUACAUACACGCUAAAGACAGGCUCUCGAAACGACUGUGCUGCGCCGCCAAGAAAGCUUUAUCUAAAAUUCCUGUUAAGAGCUUAAAGACUGAGGACAGGGAGGUGCAAGGCGACGGCGAAUGUUGCGCCAUCUGUAUAGAGCCGUAUAAAGUGUCAGAAAUGAUAAGAUCUCUUCCUUGUAGACACGACUUCCACAAGAACUGCAUCGAUCCGUGGUUACUGGAACAUCGUACCUGCCCCAUGUGCAAGAUGGAUAUCCUCAAAUAUUAUGGCUUCGUGUUUACGGGCAGCCAAGAAAGUAUCCUACAGCUGGACGUUGAGGAGGCUCGCAGCCGUGCUCUUAGUCCAGCACUCUCUCCAGCUAGGAAUAGACAUCCACUCACCCUGCUAACGUCAGAUAAUUCCUACGGCGAGGCUCACAGCGAGCGUAGCAGCCGCGCUUCAUCACCAGAUCACUUAGUACCGGCGCACUCGCCGCUUCAUGAACACAGUUCUAAUAACGAGGAAUCGCCAAACGAACAACACGAAGAUUGUUCUCAAGAGGAACCGAACCCCGGUACUAGCGACGCCUGA